GUCCCGGCGGGGCUGCGGACGGCGGGCCGGAGCCGGAGAAAGAGCGACCUUGCACCGGCGGCGGCGGCGGCGGCUCGGGUCGUGCAAGGGCUGUCAUAGGAGGCUGCAAAGCUCUGAGCCGAGUCAGGUCGGAAGAUGGCUGAGAAGCUGGUGCCUGGGGACCUGUUCUCGAGGAAGACCCAGGAAUCAGUGUUGUCCCUGGACUCGGACAAGCUGGCGCCCAUCUCACCCGAGGUGGGUGGUGAGGAGUCGUCUGACAGUGAGGGCGAGCAGGAGGGCAGCUCUCACAAGCUCAUCCGGAAGGUUUCCACCUCGGGGCAGAUGAGAAGCAAGAAGAGCGUAAAGGAGGGCCUAUUGCUGAAGCAGACGAGCUCCUUCCAGAGGUGGAAGAGACGAUACUUCAAGCUGCGAGGCAGGACACUCUAUUAUGCUAAGGAUGCCAAGUCCCUGAUCUUUGAUGAGGUGGACCUAUCUGAUGCCAGUGUGGCUGAGACGAGCACCAAGAACAUCAACAACAGUUUCACGGUGAUCACGCCGUUCCGGAAGCUCAUCUUAUGUGCGGAGAACCGGAAGGAGAUGGAGGACUGGAUCACUGCCCUGAAAUCUGUCCAGAAGUGGGAGAUCCAUGAGGCCACACAGUUCAACAUGGAGCACUUCUCGGGCAUGCACAACUGGUACGCCUGCUCCCACGCCCGCCCCACCUUCUGCAACGUGUGCCGCGAAGCUCUUCCAGGGGUCACCUCCCACGGCCUCUCCUGUGAAGUCUGCAAGUUCAAGGCACACAAGCGCUGUGCCGUCAGAGCCACAAACAACUGCAAGUGGACAACUCUGGCCUCCAUCGGCAUUGAAAUCAUCGAGGAUGAGGACGGGGUGGCCAUGCCCCAUCAGUGGCUGGAGGGGAACUUGCCUGUCAGCGCUCGCUGUGCUGUCUGCGACCGCACCUGUGGCAGUGUCCGGAGGCUGCAGGACUGGCGGUGUCUCUGGUGCAAGGCCAUCGUUCACAGUGCCUGCAAGGAGCUCCUUGGCAAGAGGUGCCCCCUGGGCCAGUACAAAGUGUCCAUCAUCCCACCAACUGCCUUGAACAGCAUCGAUUCUGAUGGUUUCUGGAAAGCCACCUGCCCCUCCACCUGCUCCAGCCCUCUCCUGGCCUUUGUCAACUCCAAGAGCGGGGACAACCAGGGUGUCAAGUUUCUGCGCAAGUUCAAGCAGUUCCUCAACCCAGCCCAAGUCUUUGACCUCAUGAAUGGGGGCCCACACUUGGGGCUGCGCCUCUUCCAGAAGUUCUCCACCUUCAGAAUCCUGGUGUGUGGUGGGGAUGGCAGCGUGGGUUGGGUGCUCUCUGAGAUUGAUGCCCUUGGCCUCCACAAGCAGUGUCAGCUGGGUGUCCUGCCACUGGGGACUGGUAAUGACCUGGCACGGGUGCUGGGCUGGGGCAGCCUGUGUGACGAUGACACUCAGCUGCUGCAGAUCCUGGAGAAGCUGGAAAGGGCAACCACCAAGAUGCUGGACCGGUGGAGCGUGCUGACCUAUGAGGUCCCCAAGCAGUCCCCCUCAGCCCUGAAGGAAGAGGAGAACGGGGACUCCAACAUCCAGGUCCACAUCUCCCAUUACGCCGACUCUGUUGCCUUCCACCUGGCCAAGAUCCUGGAGUCAGACAAGCACUCAGUGGUGAUCUCCUCUGCAAAGUUCCUCUGUGGCACCGUCAAUGACUUUGUGACCGAAGUUGGGCGGGCUUACAAGAGGGCAACAGAGAACAAGCAGGAGGCUGAGCUGAUGGCACGGAAGUGCGCCAUGCUGAAUGAAAAGCUGGAUUCGUUGGUGCGGGAGCUGAAUGAGGAGGCUCAGGCCAUCGUGGUCCCUGAAGAAAUGGCACAGGCCACCCAUGCUGAUGUCAAGGACCAGGAAAAAGCUGCCUGCUUUAACCCCAGCCCCAUGCCUCGCAUUUUCAAAUCCAAGGAGCAACUCAUGCUGCGGGCAAACAGCCUGAAGAAAGCCCUGCGGCAAAUCAUUGAGCAAACGGAGAAAGCUGUGGAUGAGCAGAACAAGCAGACCCAAGCCUACCAGGGCAGCGUGGGCCCCAGCAAGGACAGCUCGGAGGAGCUCAGCAAGAAGGAGGAGAAGCUCAGCUCCCAGCGGCUGACGGUGACCUCUACAUCUUCCUCCAUCAUUCUGGACCGGCCAGACACCUUUGGCAGCUUGCAGUUCCCUGAAGAUGCCAGCACCCUCCACUUCUCAGAGAAAUGCGUGAUGAAUAACUACUUUGGCAUUGGCCUGGAUGCAAAGAUCUCCCUGGAGUUCAACAACAAACGUGAUGAGCACCCCAAGAAGUGCAGCAGUCGCACCAAGAACAUGAUGUGGUAUGGGGUGCUAGGCACAAAGGAGCUCCUGCAGCGCACCUACAAGAACCUGGAACAGCGGGUACAGCUGGAGUGUGAUGGGGUGCCUAUCUCGCUGCCCAGCCUGCAGGGCAUUGCUGUCCUCAACAUCCCCAGCUAUGCUGGGGGCAUCAACUUCUGGGGAGGCACCAAGGAGGACAAUAACUUUGGGGCUCCAUCCUUUGAUGACAAGAAGCUGGAGGUGGUGGCAGUUUUUGGCAGCAUCCAGAUGGCUGUGUCACGGGUCAUCAACCUCCAGCACCAUCGCAUUGCACAGUGCCGCAUGGUGAAGAUCACCAUCCGGGGGGACGAGGGUGUCCCUGUGCAGGUGGAUGGAGAGGCCUGGAUCCAGCCACCCGGCAUCAUCAAAAUCCAGCACAAGAACAGAGCUCAGAUGCUGACAAGGGACCGGGCAUUUGAAAGUACCCUCAAGUCUUGGGAGGACAAACAGAAGGGGGAGGGCUACCGAGCAGCCACACGGCCGCGGCUCAGCUCCCAGCAGUCCAUGGAAUACUUGACUGAGGAGGAGAACAGCCUCUUGCAGCAGGUCUCACGGGUCGCCGAGACCCUCAUUGCCAGGUCAGACUGCGGGAAGGGGGAGGUGGUAGGCACAGGGAAGGGGGAACUGUGCUGUGGCCGUGCAAAGGUGCCUGCCCAGCCCGGGGGUGCCCUGGCAGCUCCAGCCCCUAUCACCCACAGGAUCCAUGAGGCAGCCAAGGCUCACAAAGCCGUGGAGCAGGAGCUGGCACAUGCGGUCAAUGCCAGCUCCCUGGCACUGAGUGAAGCCCUCUCCCACAAAGCUGCUGGCACUUCAGAGUUUCUCAGCAGGAACAUGGCUGUGGAGGUGGUGCUGAGCAUCAAGGAGCUGUGGGCUGAGACCAGGGCAUUCCUGGAAGGGAAGGCGCUGGACUCGCCACAGGAGGAGGAGGCGCUUCAUGGUCCCCUGAGUGUGCUGGGCCAGGAGUUGCAGCGGCUGCUGGACAUCCACUGGCUGGGGCCUAUUGCCCACCCUGCUGAGGAGGAAGGUGCCAGCAGUGCCAACAAGGGCAGCUUUAAGCUUCGCCUCAAUAUUCCCAAGCCCAGGAAGGAGAAGGACAAGCUGCAGAAGCAGAAGGCCAACAGUGUGCUCCCAGCAGACAAGUGGGGCUCCGAGGAGGUGGCAGCUUGGCUGGAAGCACUCGGUUUAGGGGAAUACAGAGACAUUUUUGUCCGGCAUGACAUCCAGGGCUCAGAGUUGAUUCUGCUGGAGAGGAGAGACCUUAAGGACCUGGGGAUCACCAAAGUGGGCCAUAUGAAGAGGAUCCUUCAGGCUAUUAAGGAGCUCAGCAACCUGCCCUAGGCUGACAGCAGGGCAGGAGCCCAGCCCAGGUGCUGGGUGGGUGCUGCCCCCAGGGAACAGGGUUUGGGUAGGGGAACAGGUCCCUGCCCCUGCCCCAUAUGUAUGGAGCCCCCCCUGCUUGCCUCGCUUUACCUGUCUGUCCCCAGUGUCCCUGGUGCCACUACUUGUCCCCCAGCCUAUGGGGCUGGAGACACUGAAGCGGAGGUCUAACCUGAUAGGUGAUGGACCACCAGUCCAGCCCCAUCACUUACCAGGGUCACUACAGCAGCUGGGGCCACCCUCUGUGUGCUCAAGCCUGGAGCCAAAGCAAAGAUUCCCCUUCCCCACGUAGGUAUUUAUGCUGUGUAAAUAUUUGGAGAGAAGAUA